AUGGGUUUGUUUAGUGGACUUACUGGAAACAAAAGCAAUGACAGCUACGACAAGAAUUUAAGUGAUACCAAUACCACUGACACUAGCUCCUUGGACGACAUAUAUUCAUCUGGAGGUAUAACUACUUCAGAAACAAGUUUUGGUGAUAUGGGAUCAGAUAAUAGCUUCGAAAAGUUGCCCGACUUUAUGACCGGUUUGAACAGUUACGAUACAAGUCGAUUGCAACCUGUUGCUUUAACUGGUGGUCUUGAUUUCUUACAAAUUGAAGGUGAAUCCACCGGCACCAGCGUUCAUGGUUCUUCUUUAACUCCUUCCCGUGGAUGGUCAGACGAUUUGUGUUAUGGUACAGGCACUUCUUACUUAGCAGGGCUCACUUUAGGUGGUGCAUUCGGCUUAGCUGAAGGUUUAAAAAAGAGCAGUGGAUCGCCUAAUAUGAGAGUGCGUUUAAAUACAACCCUUAACUCUAUUACACGUCGUGGACCAGGGCUUGGUAAUUCCAUCGGCGUGAUCGCGAUGAUCUACAAUGGCGCUACAGCUGUCAUUGAUGCUUCAAGAGGAAAGCAUGAUAUAUUUAAUAGUGUUGCAGGAGGUGCUUUAGCUGGUGGUUUGUUCAAGUCAACUGCAGGUCCUCGUGCAGCUGCCGUUUCCGCUGGUGUUUGUGCUGGUGUUGCUGGUGCAUGGUCAGUUUUGGUAUCGAACUUUUCCGACAAAUAA